AUGCCUGUCCCUGCCUACGGUGCCGCUCCUCUCAGCAAGACCUUUGCUCUGGUCCGCGUCCUGGAGGUCAUCAGCAUGAUCAUCAUAGUCGGCAUUGCUGCCAACUUUGUCAAUGACAUUGUGUCAAGCGGCAUCGAGCCGCCAAAGGAGGUUGUUGGCACUCUCAGUGUCACCUGCAUCGCCACUCUUUACUGUCUUAUCAGCAUUGCCUUCUUCUGGUCCGAGGCCCACCUUGGUCUCUUGGUCAUGACCGCCGCCGACUUCCUUUUGCUCAUUGCAUUCAUCGUCGUCGCCGUCUGCCUGGGCAAGCCCAUCUCAUUCCUCAACUGCUAUGCCGUUCAAAGCACUUCCGAGUCUGUGACGGCUUCGAAUGCCUACACCUACUACCAGUCGGUGAAGGCGAACCUGAACAUCAGUGGCGCCGGCUUGAACUUGGCUGCCUUUGCGGGCGCCACCAAGGCCAACUGCUUCGAGACCAAGGCUCUCUGGGGCCUGAGCAUCGCACUUUGCGUCCUUUUCACGACCUCCUCCGUUUUGCUUCCCACGCUUUUCAUGAAGAACAAGAAGGCCAACGCUGCUCCUCCCAAGGAUGAGCCGUAA